UCUGUGGUGUUUGACUUUCGCCUUGUCACACUCUGAGUUCAUCAGUGCGAGGUGACCCAUUCUUUAGCCACUUCUUUUUCCAACGCUUUUCACCGCCAAAUCCAGAGACACGCGAUAGGCUAUGUGUUGUACGGGGAAGUGCGCCCGCCUGGUAGGCCUGAUCCUGCUGCCAUCAGCCUUUGUAUGCAUGAUCGCCAACCUGCUGCUCUUCUUCCCCGACGGAAAUCAACUGGAAAAUGAUCAGAUCUCGCUGCAGGUGUGGCUGAUGGGGGGGCUCAUCGGAGGAGGCCUCUUUAUGCUGUGCCCGAGCUGCUCCGCUAUCAGGGCCGGGGGCAAGGGUUGCUGCGGAAAUGGUUGCUGUGGCAACCGUUGCCGGAUGCUGAACUCUGUGUUCUCGUCGGCUUUUGGCCUCAUUGGAGCCAUCUACUGCAGCAGCGUGGCCUCAGCCGGGCUGGCCAUUGGACCCAAGUGUCGGGUGGCCGGUGAUGUUUGGAAAUAUCCCUUUGAGGACCUUGGAACUGGCAGUGAGAGCUACCUGGUGAACCAGACUAUUUGGGACAUAUGUGAAUUCCCCAAGAAUGCAGUGAUGUGGCACGUGGUCCUCUUCUCCAUCCUGUUGUCCAUGAGCUUGAUACAGCUGGUACUGUGCGGCAUCCAGGUGGUCAACGGCUGUUUGGGCUGCAUCUGUGGGGACUGCCGGGAAAGGAAAGAGGAUGAAGGUGGAUUGUGAAUGCAACAUGAUAAAGUCUCUGCUUUUGUCAUCUAUCAGUUCUGAUUUUUUUCCAAAUUUUGAAGUAAAAUUGGAGAACAAUUGAAGCCUGGGACAGGCCACUUGGAUACAUUUUGUGGAUUAAAGAUGCUCAAUCCAAUGUGAAUGAAGAUAUGAAUGCAUCCAGUAUUUACGGAACUUCACCUUUUCCACCUUUUGUAAUGCUGCAGCCUGAUUCCAAAAUGGAAUACAUUUACAGUGGAGACAAGAUGCACCUGAGAUAAAUGUUUAGCUUCAUGGCAACAAAUACUUACGUGCAUGUGAUUCCUUACUUUUUUGUUUUUUAAUAAAUAUGCACAAAUGUCUAAAAAA